AUGUCUAAUUUGGCACAGGCCCUGCAGGCGAUUCGCCGUGAGUGGAAUCUUGAGAUUUCGCCAGCGCAGGCUACUGAAAUAGCCCGGGAGGCUGGCGUUGACACCAACGCCACUGCUCUGAAACGUGUUUUGUUGAAUACGGAUAUCUGCGUUAUACGUAGCGGUGCUGAUAAUGCCGGUGGAAAGGGCGGAGUGGCGUCGUCGACUGAGCUGGACGCAUUACCGCGCCCGUUAUUGUGUCAAGUGCUGAAGGUGGUUGAUGUGACUCAGCCAAAGGAUGGUGUGGCCAGGAAGGAUGGCACAGGCAAUCCGCUUUACAAGGUUACGCUCACUACAGGGCAGAUCAACUUCCAUGCGGUGCUGUUAGAUGCAAAGAUGCCCAUCGUCUCUCUUGCUCCUGGAACAAAGGUGCUUCUGACGGAGCGAAAAUUAGUGCAUACGGAUGGUAUCGCGGUUCUGCGACCCAACCACUACGAGGUGCUCGGAGGCGUUGUACCCGAACUGCACCAACCGUGGGUAAUACAGCGCGAGGUUAACUUCCAGCGCUUCUCGGACGGCGCCCGGAGGAUAGUCAGUGAUGCUCCAAAAUUCGAGCCGCUGGACACAUCCACCCUCAAGGCUGCCAUCGAUUUGAACAAGCUCUCGCUCAAGCCACCACCACCAAAGAGUGCCAAAGGAGCGCCCGCAAAGGAUACGGGCGCCAAAGUUAUCAAAGCCGCCGCCCCAAAACAGGGCAAGCUAAUUAAAUCGGCAUACAAGUUACCGCCUGACAAAAAGGCUCUCCCUCACCCCAAGGCAGCAUCGCGGCGAGACUCCAGUGAAGCGCCCGCAGCCAAAGAUGCGGCUCCCAGGGUAACGCCUCCUCCAGCAAAGGCCCGAGGAAAGGGCGUUCCGCCUCCGAAACCGAAUACAGCAGGCGUAAAACCGCCUCCCAAAAUGAGCGGUGAUAGGCCACCAAAAACGGACAAUGACCGGGCACCCAAAACGAAUAGUGAUAGAACGCCCAAGAUGACUGGCGACCGGAUGCCCAAGGCGAACAAUGACAGGAUACCAAAGGAGAGCAGUGACCGUACACCCAAGGCGAGCGCUGAUCGGAUGCCCAAGACAAGCAGUGACCGUACACCCAAGGCGAGCGCUGAUCGGAUGCCCAAGACAAGCAGUGACCGUAUACCCAAGACUAGCAGUGAUCGUACGCCUAAGAUGGGCGGUGAUAGGCCACCCAAAACGAGUGGUGAUCGUACGCCUAAGAAGGCGACGUCCCCCGCGCCUUCAGCAAACCCUCGCAGAAACUCAGCCGCACAGGGGCGGCCCCACCCAGCACCAAAAAACAUGUAA